CUAUUUAUUCGUUAUCUUAUCAUCAACGAUUUACCAUAUUUGUGGUAAACAGUCCACUCGUAAGUUUUGUGUAGAAUAAUAGGGUUGAACCGGCACGUAAAAAUGCGUGAAAUUGUGCAUCUUCAAGUGGGUCAAUGCGGGAACCAAAUUGGUUCACGGUUUUGGCAUACGAUAUCGAAAGAACAUGGCAUUAACCCUGUUGGAAAAUACGUGGGCGACAAUGAUCUCCAAUUGGAGCGAAUUGAAGUGUACUUUAACGAAGCGGAAAACGCGAAUUACGUCCCUAGGGCGGUGCUGGUGGAUCUAGAACCCGGUACCAUGGACAUGGUGCGCGCCGGGCCUCUCGGUACCCUCUUCAACCCAAACAACUUCGUUUUCGCUCAGUCGGGUGCCGGGAACAACUGGGCCACCGGUCACUACACCGAAGGCGCCGAAAUUUGCGACAACGUCUUGGACGUGAUCCAACACGAGGUUGAGAGAUGCGAUUGCUUCCAAGGGUUCCAGUUCACGCACUCUCUAGGUGGUGGUACCGGCUCCGGUUUUGGCACUUUGCUCACUUCGAAGGUGCGUGAGGAGUACCCUGACCGAAUGGUGACAAGUUUCAGCGUGGUGCCAUCACCGAAAGUCUCGGAAGUGGUUCUGGAGCCCUACAAUGCGACCUUGUCCGUUCAGCAACUGAUCGAAAACACCGAUCAGACGCAGUGCAUUGACAAUGAAGCCCUCUACGACAUUUGCUUCAACACUUUGAAGAAAUCGUCACCGAAGUACGACGAUUUGAACCAUUUGAUUUCCUUGACAAUGGCGGGGGUCACCACUUGUUUCCGGUUCCCGGGUCAGUUGAACGCUGACUUGAGGAAACUGUCGGUAAAUAUGGUACCGUUUCCUCGGCUACACUUCUUCGUCCCCGGAUUUGCGCCGCUGACGGCUCCGGGAAGUGUCGCUUACCGGAAAUUAAGCGUCAAAGACUUGACUGAACAGAUGUUCAGUCCCCGGAAUAUCAUGGCAGCUUGUAAUCCGGCAAACGGGCGAUAUUUGACCGUCGCUACCAUCUUCCGAGGACCCGUUUCAAUGAAAGAGGUAGACCAUGUCAUGUUUGAAACACAACAGAAAAACUCGGCCUAUUUCGUCGAGUGGAUCCCACAUAACAUCCAAACGGCGGUUUGUGACAUAUCGUCGCCACACGCCCCCAUUUCGUCAACUUUCAUUGCAAACACCACAGCCAUUCAAGAAUUAUUUAAACGCAUACAGGAACAGUUCUCAGCUAUGUUCAGACGCAAGGCCUAUGUGCAUUGGUAUCAGGCUGAAGGCAUGGAUUUGCAAGAAUUCACAGAGGCUGAAAGCAAUUUGAAUGACUUAAUUUCCGAAUAUCAGCAGUAUCAGGAUGCGGAAGUUGAUGAGGAGUAUGGGGAUGAAGACGAAACAGAAGAGGACAAAUUUGAAGAAGAAACAUGAUUUCAAUACAUUGUCAAUUUGUUAAAAAAAAGAAAUAAAGACAAAUAGAGUUUGUAA